UCUUCCGGGUCGGGUCAACAAAAACGGGCAGAACCUUUUCGUUCAAUUCUGAUUUACGAUAACAUCCCGCCAUUCUAAGCGCGCUUCAAUUUGAAGCUUAUUAGUAACUUUUUCACUGCCUCCCUCUCACACGAACGAAAGAUUUCAUUGUUGAUUGUUGGAGUUUUGAUUCAGCAGCGUUCAGAUUAAUCUACGGCGGAUAGUUUCCUGUUGAUAACCGGGUUCUACAAGAAGGGCAAAACGAGGUAACUGGAGGAACAUGUUUAAUUAAUGACGAAGGAAGUGCAAUCGAGCAAAAGCAAGUCAAACGGCGAUUGCAAGCUGAAUAAAGUCAAUUGGUCCCAGCAUGUGGUUGCACACAGUAAUUUCACGAAACAGGAUGAACUCCUAACCUCCAAUUUCCUUUUCUCAUUGUCUAAUAAAAAACCUCAAAUUGAUGAAACAAUGGCUGCGAGGUCCGUGCUUUGUCGAGUUCAGAAUGCUAGUCUGCACAAUGCACAGCUUGAAAAGGCUUGGCAGGGUCUUUCCAACCUUCAGUUGUCUUCCAGAAGUUAUAUUAAGCCAGGAAAAACUCUUCCUCUGUCCAAAAAUGUCAACACAUCUAUACCUCAAAGUCCAAGAACUCAACAAUGCUCAGCCACUUCUAAAAGCACGGCUGCAGCACAUAACCAAAAUACUCAGUGGUUUGGUGAACAGAAUGGGGGAACUAGUCAAUUGAACAAGAGCUUAGGCAAUUCUUUUCCAGUACACAUGGGUACAAGGGAUGACCUGAAAUCAUCAGCUUCUGUAGGCAUUGAUGAUGAUGAGAUUCUUGAGAAUAUUGAUGUGGAUGAAAUUGUUCAAAAUCACUUUAACUCAACACCCCAACCAUCAGCCUCUCAGUUUCCACCAAUCACGCCACAUACCAACAAGGGCAAUCUUGUCAGAGAGGAACCAGAUUUGCCUCCUGAGUUGUCCUUGAUGUGCAGCCACAAUUGUAAGCUAGGACUUUGCCCUGAAGCAUCAAAUCACCUGCAAGGCAUGAAGGAUACUCUAAUAGCCAUAUCGAAUGAUCUUAUAGAUAAUAUUGACGAGAUGAGCUCGGAGAAAGUGGAGGCGCUUCGCCAAGAGAGGCAACAACUGAAGAAAAAAAUUCAGCAACUUGAGAAAUAUAUAUGCAUCCAAUCUGUCAACCAGGAAAGAAAGACAUCACAUUUUUCUGCAUCCACAGCAACCCCAAUGGCUUUUCAGUACGGGACUCCUUCAACAAUGCAAUUUAGAGUUGAUCCAAUGAAUCUUGAUUCCCGAUUUCAGGGAAACAAUGAGUCACAUGGGUUUGAUAGAUGGAAUUCAUCAUCCAUACCUUCUUAUUCGACUGAUGGGUUUGGGGUGUCAACUGCUGCAUUUGAGAGAGAACCAUAUAUUCCUAAGCAUAUAGAUAUCAAUUAUAUAGAAGGUUCAACAGACAAAAAGUGGAGUAGCCGGGAAUAUUCAUGGACAAAGAAGUUAGAGGCUAACAAUAAAAAGGUUUUUGGCAAUCAUUCUUUCCGACCAAACCAAAGAGAGGUGAUCAAUGCCACAAUGAGUGGAUGUGAUGUUUUUGUCUUAAUGCCAACUGGCGGGGGAAAAAGCCUGACUUAUCAGCUUCCCGCACUUAUAUGUCCUGGGAUAACUUUAGUCAUUUCACCCCUUGUUUCUCUCAUCCAAGACCAAAUAAUGCAUCUACUACAGGCAAAUAUACCUGCUGCUUAUCUAAGUGCCAGCAUGGAAUGGACAGAACAGCAGGAGAUUCUUAGAGAGCUUAAUUCAGAUUACUGCAAGUACAAGUUAUUGUAUGUCACCCCAGAGAAAGUUGCCAAAAGUGAUGCCCUUUUGCGUCAGUUGGAGAGCCUACAUGCUCGUGAUUCUCUUGCUCGUAUUGUCAUUGAUGAAGCUCACUGUGUUAGUCAAUGGGGACAUGAUUUCAGACCUGAUUACCAGGGUCUUGGUAUCCUGAAACAAAAGUUUCCUACCAUACCUGUAUUGGCCUUAACUGCUACUGCUACCAUUACUGUAAAGGAAGAUGUUGUACAAGCCCUUGGUCUUGUAAAUUGUGUAAUUUUUCGGCAAAGCUUUAAUCGCCCAAACCUAAGGUAUUCUGUUGUUCCCAAGACCAAGAAAUGUGUAGAGGAUAUUGACAAAUUUAUCAGAGAGAAUCAUUUUGAUGAAUGUGGGAUCAUUUACUGUCUUUCAAGAAUGGAUUGCGAAAAAGUUGCUGAAAAGUUGCAGGAAUAUGGGCACAAGGCUGCCUUUUACCACGGCAGCAUGGAUAGUACUCAGCGUGCGAUGACUCAGAAAUUGUGGAGCAAGGAUGAGAUCAACAUAAUAUGUGCAACUGUGGCAUUUGGAAUGGGAAUCAAUAAGCCGGACGUUCGGUUUGUCAUUCACCAUUCACUUCCAAAAUCCAUUGAAGGCUAUCAUCAGGAGUGUGGCCGUGCUGGUAGGGAUGGCCUUCCUUCAUCCUGUGUGUUGUACUACAGUUAUAGUGAUUAUAUUCGUGUGAAGCAUAUGAUCAGUCAAGGAGCUGCCGAUCAGGCUCCCUCUUCAUAUGGCUUCAAUCGAGCAAGUACGGCACCAUCUGGAAGGUCAUUAGAGACAAACACUGAGAAUCUCCUUAGAAUGGUUAGCUACUGUGAAAACAAUGUUGAUUGCCGGCGUCUCCUUCAGCUACUCCAUUUCGGGGAAAAAUUUGAUUCUCUAAAUUGCCAGAAAACUUGCGACAAUUGCUCCAAGUGUCAAAACUGUCUGGAGAAAGACGUAACAGAUAUUGCAAAGCAGCUGGUUGAAUUGGUUAAGUUGACGGGGCAGCAGUUUUCAAAUACACAUAUCUUGGAGGUCUACAGAGGUUCUCUGAGCCAAUAUGUCAAAAAACACAGGCAUGAGAGGCUGAGCUUGCAUGGAGCUGGAAAGCAUCUGUCAAAGGGCGAGGCAUCUCGAGUAUUGCGACAUUUGGUUACUGAGGAUGUUCUUGUUGAAGAUGUGAAAAAAAGUGACAUAUACGGAUCGGUAUCCUCAGUCGUGAAGAUGAAUGAAUCCAAAGCUUACAAUCUCUUCGCCGGCGGUCUUACAAUUACGCUAAGGUUCCCAUCUACUGCUAAAGCGUCUAAAUCGAGUCGACCAGAUGCCACUCCAGCGAAGGGAUCACUGGUUUCAGAAAAGCUAAUCCUGCCACAAAUGGAUACUCCGGCCCAACCUCAAUCUGAAGUAGAUUUGGCCCUUUCCGCAAAACUAUAUUCUGCACUGCGGAUGCUUAGAACUAUUCUCGUCAAGGAAGCCGGAGAAGGGGUGAUGGCAUAUCACAUUUUCGGAAACGCUACGUUGCAGCAGAUCAGUAAAAGGAUACCUCGAAACAAAGACGAACUUCUCGAGAUCAACGGCAUUGGAAAGGCGAAGAUCACCAAAUACGGAGAUCGUGUGCUGGAAACGAUCGAAGCCACGAUCAGAGAUUACAACAACAAAGACAAGAACAGCAGCAGCAGCAAUAGCAAUGGCAGCAGCGAAUCGAAGCGAAGACGUCGCAAUGCAAACGUUGUAGACGAGACAUCCCUUAACGACGACUUCAUGGAAAGCACCGGGAGGUCGAAGAAAAGGUUGCUGAAAACUCAAUCGAGAAAUUCUGAGGCUAAUGAUCACACACCGUUACCUGUGUACAACUACGACCAAUUCGACGACAUCGACUUUGAUGAUAACUUAUUCGAUGUCGAGGUUAGCGCAGUCGAACAAGGGGGCGGCGGCGGCGAUGGCGAUGGCGAUGGCGGCAGAGUUCUACCGUCAUGGAGCUCGUAGUUGAUUAUCAAUGAUGCCAUGUUUUGGCCGUUUCUCAGGUAGGAUGAAGAAUGAUUGUAUGUUUUUAUCAAACAAUGUAGCGAUUGUUUUGAUGUGAAACACGAUUUCUUUAGUUGUUAUACCGCUUUUGUUAUAAGGUUAGAUAUCAACAAGUCUAAAAUAUAUUUAUAUGCUUAACCUUGGAUUUAUGAUGAUU